UUCACACCAUGCUACUCCUCCCUCCAUUUUAGGAAAGUAAAAGUAAAUCCCCCAAUCCCUUCAUUUUUCUUGCAGCCACAUAAAAGCUAAGUUUUCUAGGAUUGAACAAACAACAGCCAAAAAAGGAGAUUUUAAGGUCAAUGUUUUUUCCCACUGUUAAACAAAGUGAAAAAAGAAAAAAAAAAUUUAAAAAUCACCCCCUCUCCUUUUUCAGUCUACAACCUCAAUUUCCCAUACAAUUUUCACCUACCCUUUAUUUAUGGUAAAUGCCCAAACCCUAUUUCCUUCCCUUCAUGCUCAAUCAUUGCUAUUUCCUCUGUUGGUUAAUUUCUCCAACCCUAGCUUAGAUCCUCUCUCCCUCCCUCUCUCUCUCUCUCUCUAGAGAAGAUCACUAAAUCAUGGAUCCGAUCACUCAAGAAAUGCUCUCAUCAAGCGGAGAAAUCAACACCUUCACCAUCACCACCACCUCCUCCUCGCCCUCGUCCUCCUCCUCGUCCUCAUCCGUCGCGGGCGCCAUGAUGGGCCCCGCAGCCGGGUCCUCCGCCACGACCCUGAGCCGAUACGAGAACCAGAAGCGUCGCGACUGGAACACGUUCGGGCAGUACCUCCGCAACCACCGGCCGCCGCUCUCCCUCGGCCUCUGCAGCGGCGCACACGUCCUCGAAUUCCUCCGCUACCUCGACCAGUUCGGUAAGACCAAAGUCCACACGCAACUCUGCCCCUUCUUCGGCCACCCCAACCCCCCCUCCCCCUGCCCCUGCCCCCUCCGCCAGGCCUGGGGCAGCCUUGACGCCCUCAUAGGCCGCCUCAGAGCCGCCUAUGAGGAAAACGGGGGCAAGCCCGAGGCCAAUCCCUUUGCGGCCAGGGCUGUCCGCCUCUACCUCCGCGAGGUAAGAGACUCGCAGUCCAAGGCCAGGGGGAUCAGCUACGAGAAGAAGAAGCGCAAGCGGCCCCCGCCACAGCCCUCCUCGUUGCCUCCCCCUGACCGAGGGAUUUGAUUAGCAUAUUAUUGCAUGGGAUCAUCCUUCUUUUAAAAUCUACUAUCGUUUUAAGUCAAUGAUGCAUCAUCUAUUUAAGGUACCCUAACUUUUUUCCCUAUCCUUAAUUCUUACUACAAGAUUGUUGUUGUUUUUGCUGUAUUCUGCUAUUUUUAGUAUGAACAUUCGUUAGAUUUUAUGGGGUUUAAUUAGUUGAUGAUGAAA